GAACAUGUGGGGUAGUUUUUAAAAAGAAACAAAAUUUGCUACACAAAUGUUGCUUUUUAAAAACUACCCCACAUGUUCUGGUAUUUUGAACGAGGUAAUUUGAUCUUUGUAUAGACCACCAGGUGUAUUUAUUUAGAUUAUUAUUUAUUUUUUACUGGGCUAUUGAAACAAAUAUGUUUAUAUGUGACAUUUGCUGGUGGGGAUAAAUAAAUAAACAUCUCAAUAAGAUGCUGAGUAAAUUAAGAGAAGUACAUUAAGAGAAGACUUAAAUGAAUGUGAUUAAUUAUAGGCUAAUCAAUCUGAACAGACGAUUCCUGUCACUCAUUUGCGAUAAUAUUGUUUCAAGUUCAUCCGAACUGUUGCAGUUAAACUGAUACAUCUGACACAGGCCUGCCUAUUCCGUUUCGGUUGAAACGUUCGAAUAAUAGCUGGCACCAUUUAAAAUGAAUGAAGAACAAUUCGUCACAGAACAGAAUGGAGCCUUACAGUACAUGACUGUUCAAAAGAUUAAUCAUUAGCCAAUUAGCUUGUUUACUUGCCCGGGUAAACAAGUGCGUGUGCCACUAUUUACAGACUGUAGCCCAUCGACAACUUAGGCGUAGCCUACCGACAAUUAGGCUAUUAAUGAAUUGUUUAUUUUCGUUGAAGACAAUAUAUUAAUGAAUAGGAUGAAUAAUUACAUACGUUUACUAAUAGCCAUCUUGCAAGAUCUGGACGCCUGUCAAUAAGAUUCAAAGUACAAUUUCUUCACUACACCUAUCAAUAUGUUGCAAGGACGCAUUUAGCAUUUUGUCAGGUUGUCCAAAAGAAAUCCAAGAAUUUCAAGACUACAUUUCAGGAUACAACAAUUAUGCAACAACUUUACCGUACCAAUUUUCCCAGUAACAUGUUCCAAAUAGCGUAUCCUCCUCUUUAGCAUUCCCCAAAAGAGUCCAAAAAUUGUGGGCAAAGUCCACCCCUGACCGUUCUGAAUCGAUGACCAGGGCACAGGGGUUCAGCGCUGUUGAGUUGUCUUGCUCAAUUUGCUUUUUGCUGCAAACCAAAGCGGAUUAAGUAAUGGUGACAGCUGCACUGUGGUACAAUGGUGCUGCUGGCAGAUGUUCUGUAAACCAUAGUCAGCACUAAACUGUGGGUUCACUCGACUCGCGCAAUGACAGAGGGAGAGAGAGAGAGAGGCGCUCAGAGAGAGAAGGGGGUGGGUUUUUAUAAAAACAACUUUCUCUACUACAGUUUAUGUUGAAAUGACAGCUGUAAAAUCAUGUAGCUGCCAAAUUUGAGAAAACACCACCCCAAGAACUUGCUUGGAAAAGGCCUUGGGAGCAUAGAUGAAAUUGCCAUGAGGAUGGGUGUGUCCCCCCCCCCCCCAAUGAUAUAUAGGGGGGGGGGGGGGCUUGGAGGUCAGAACAACCCAGAUAGUAUAGGGACAUGUCAUUAGCAAUGUCAACAUGUAUAUAAUUGCGGGAAACAAUUGCUUUAACAGUUUACUUUGGGCACGAACAAAAUAAAUGGGAUGUGCCUUUGGUAGUUCAUCGAUGUGUGAUUUUGGUCAUGUGUUCCACGACCAACGUAGCUAAUAUGUUAACUAAGCUAGCCACUUGUAGCUAGCCAGUAACUCCUCCAGUAUGUCUUGAUGUCAUUUCACAGGAUUUGUUUUUGGACGGAAGCCGUAGAGAUUGUCACUCCAUCCAAGGAAAGAAAGAUGGUGUCUGGGGCGCAUGAUAACAGUCUUAGUAGUGGCAACAGUGGGUAUUAUAACAGAGGCCCCACGCUUACCCCUACCUCACCUGUGCUGUCAAACCCCAAAUCAGUGCUGAAGAGACAAGUGAGUCCAGAGGAGCUGCAGAGACCAGGAGGCCCAUAUAUAAAGAGGACAUUUACAAUUGUGGGUGAUGCGGUGGGCUGGGGAUUUGUGGUCAGGGGGAGUAGGCCAUGUCACAUCCAGGCAGUGGACCCCAGUGGGCCUGCAGCAGCAGUAGGAGUGAAGGUGCGCCAGUUUGUGGUCUCUGUCAAUGGUCUGAACGUCCUGUCUCUGGACUACAAGAUGGUCAGAAACCUCAUCCUCACUGGAAAACGAACCGUGGUCAUUGAGAUUAUGGAGGAGUCUGAUUGUUGAGGAUGAAGUUGUAUUGUAUUCGGUUACAGUCAACUUAAGAUCUCAGUCACCCAUUGGCUCUUGGAGGCGGAAAGCGUAGAGUAAGAAUGUGGACUGUAUUGGCCCAAAUAAAUCCAUAGAAACCUUGUGACCUUGAUAUGGAGCCAUAUGGACUUAGCUACAUCAUCGACCUGAGACGAGGGUCACAGAAACAGCGACCCCACAGAAACCUGAUGGGCCCCACUGUGAAGACGUGUGUUUACAUCAUCAGUCCAAGACUGACCAGUGUUCCGUGGUUAACAUGGUUCCAGCUUGUGCUUUUGUUCUCUUGAGGCGGUUUAGACUUUUGACCUGUUCGCCUACUCAUUGCCACCCCCCUGCUGUUUGCUUUUCCAUCCACUCCCUCCUAUGCUCCAAUAGAGGGUUCCUUCCUAGAAAGACUAGUAUUUAGGUAGCUGUUGAUAAGUGAGGUGGCACAUAUUGUAAACAACUCCAUGCUUUCUGACAUGGCAGAGGUGUUUUUAAAUAUAAGUUGUUUUGUUGAAUUAGCUUGCCAUUUUGCUUUGAAUAUGUUUGGCAUUGAAUUCUUAAGUUUGGUAACAGGAGCAAUUUAAACAUUCUACUUAUAUUGGCCUGGAAAUAGCACAAUACUGUCAAACUGCAGACCACAUAUUGCCUAGCUGCAUAAAAAGGCUUGAAUGUCAUCUCAGUUUCUCAAAUCAAAUUCAAACAAAUCUGAUUCCAUUGCAAUGUUUUUGGAAACCCACAAUACUGACAAAAGUUCAAAUAAUCAGUCAGUAGUAGCCUAUCAAUAUAUUAAUCCUUUUUUAUUUUUUAAACAACAAAUGAAUGUAUUAUGUCAAAGUGAAAUAGAUAGGUUAUAGCAGUGAUAUUGUGCAUUUUGUAGAAUACUUCAAGUGUAAUGCAUGAUCACAUGGUCCAACAUAAGGUAUGAAGGACCAAAAGCACUAAAGGAUGUGUACUUGUAUAUAGCCAUACACUGUAGCAUGACCCUAUACAUUUGCUAAGAUCAACUGAUCUUUAGAGGGUAUUAGUGCAGGCAGGCCAGCAAGCAGUAUCUACAUUUGUGUUAGUGUUUGAUCAGUGUGUAAAUAUUUCAAUUAGCCAAUGAUUUAAUAAAAUAAAGUAAUUCAAUUCAAAAUAUUAGCAAAUGUGUAUUUCAAUGUAUCAAUGUUUAUGAUGUGAUUCUUUUUUAAAAAAAAGAUUCAUAUCAAAUGAAGCAAAUUAUUUUAGCAACAUCAAGAUUAUGGCUAGAAUUUGUACUCUGCUUCAAUCUAAUGGCAAUAAAGUAACAGCAUGUAUUGAACCAUGACAGGUACUUUAAACUGCAAUAAAAUAAGAAAUUACCUUGAA